GUUAUUAGCAGCAGAUGUUUACAUUGGGAGGUUUACAUCUCUUGACCUGUGGUUAUUGUUUUACUUACUGAUGAUGGAAGGUGUUGGUUCAGAAGUCAGCCACAAGAUAAGGUCUGCCAUAAAGGCAAAGCUGGUGGAGCUGGGAACUUAUGUUGAUGAAGAGUUGCCAGACUACAUCAUGGUGCUGGUGGCAAACAAGAAGACCAAAGACCAGAUGGAUGAUGACUUGAGUCUGUUUUUGGGCCACAACACAGAGCGUUUUACCUCCUGGCUACACCAUGUCUUACAGAAGUUAAAUGCCGCUGCACUCCUACAAGUUACAUCAACACAGCAACAGCCAGAAGAACCAAAGAAAAAGGAUAUUGAAGAGGAGAAGAGGAGAGAGAGAGAAGAUGAGAAGAAACGGGAGAGGGACGAGGAGAAGAAACGGGAAAAGGCAGAAGAGAUGAAACGGAUGAGAGAUGAGGAAAAGAGGAAGGUGAAGGAGAAAGAGAAAACAGACAAGAAAAGAAAAUCAAGUGAGAGAAAAGUUGAAAGGAAGGAAAAGAAAGUGAAAAAAUCAACCGAGUCGCCAGAUUCCCAAGACAAAGCAGCCAAGGAGAGGAAAGCUGCCAAUGAACCAGUGAAACAAGUCAAGGUCAAAGAUUCCGCGGUAAAGGAAAAGGAAAGCAAGGAGAGAGUUCGAACACACUCGUCCACCAGGGAGGAACCAACCUCCACAGACAAGGUGUCGUCGUCAGUAGCAGCGGUCGCAGCACCCGAAACGGCUUCGACUAAUCCGGAAAAAAAUCCUCGGAAGCUGAAGUCACACGUCAGGGGGAAAGUGUCUUGUGCCGAGAUAUUUCGGGCAGAAGCAAUGGGUGGCGGAGAACAGCUGAAAGAGGAGGAGGAAGAAGACAUUGUGGAAGACAUGUUGGUUCUAAGGGCGGAUGUCGAUGAAUUGGGUCUUGAACUGGAGGAAGAACCAGUACCUAAGAAAAUCAAAUUGGAACAGAGACAGAAAAUCACUGCUCCCAGAAUUGAGGGUCGAGUGGAAGUGAAGACUGAGGCAAAAAUAGACUCCAAGGUUGAAACUAAACAGAAAAUAAAAUGUAAACCAGAUUCCGGCCCGGCUCGUGUGUCCGCCAAAGAAAGAUUAGGAGCGGCUGUGUUUCCUAAGUCCGAACAGCCAAGAGACAAGCCCUCCAUAUUGGACCGCCUCGGUAGUGCCCCAUCAAGUGGAAGGCGUGUGAUCAACCUGCGAGAAGAAUCAAGUUUUCCCCCUCGCCCAGAGUCUAGCAGUAGUAGCAGCAAUACAGGCAUGGCUCGGGCAGUGUCUAGUGCCAUAUCUUCUGCUCAUAGAUCUGUGUGUGCGUUGCCUUCCUCUUCAAGCUCAACAGGCAAAAAAUUAGAGGCACGUGUGAGACCUCUCAUGUCCAAACAAGUUGAAUCUAGUCAUGAAGGAUCGGGCCGGGAAGCGUCUACAAGAGAUGGGGCUCAGAGUCGAGAAGAGUCGUCCAGAGAGAGUUUUAGUCGAUCCGUCUCAGGUCGUGUCGUUUCAGCUGUUGGAGCCGUGUUGAGGAGACCGCAUAGUCAGGUGAACUCUGACGAGGAGGAGUAUGACCCUAAGAAACCUCAACUAAGUGGCAUGGCAAGUAAGGUGGAGGUCACCCCACGGCCGAGACGUCCUGGAGCCAUACAGGCCAACACUGCUCUCAUUCUACGAGCAAUGGCUGAUGCCCACAAAUCAGUCAACAGGCCGUGUCGACGCUCAGCGGAUAAACCAGAGGUGCCCCAGAAGAAACAGAAGGGUAAACUGUAUACACGAAGUUACAGAGAGAGAGAACAGGCCCGCCAGAAAGACAUCCCCCCUCAGGAAGAAGCUCCUCCCACAGAAGAUGAAGUCAGGAUACGUAAGAUAGCCAUCACUGUACCUAAUGCUACACGGAAGGAGAGCGAGAAGCAGCUGAAGGAAGAGAAAAAGGACAAAGAAGUUCCAGUGAUGCCAGAUAUAAUAAGUACAACUGAAGUCAUAGAGAAAGAUGAAGUCAUAGAAAGUAGCAGUAUUGUUGCUCAGGAGGAAGAGGAGUAUGGGCCAGCUCUUCCAGAUAAUGGAUAUGGUUUAGAAGAAGUGGAGGAGGUGGAGGAGGAGGUGGUAGAUGAAGGCAUUGAAGAAGAUCAACCCAAUUUGCCCACUGUCUCCCAGCACCACAAACUUCACGCUGGUCCUGGAGUGGAGAACACCAAGUUUAUUGUGACGCUGGAGGGUGUUGAUACAGGUGUCUUCUCUGUCAAAGAUGACCUCAGAUCACGUCUAGGAUCCCCACCUGCACCCACAGAUAGUCUAGAGGUCGUGGAGGAAUAUAUUGAAGAGGUGGAGGAGCUGGAAGAAGAGGAAGAAGAGACCACCAUUGAAAUUUGCCGCGAGACAAUACAACCGGUUGUCGGACACAGUGCAGGUGUUAAAUCUCGCCUCAAGGGUGUGGCCUCUGUUAUGUCAGGUCUGCCAGAUGGUAGUAAUAAAGAGCGAUGUAGAUUCUGGCCGUUGUGCAAAGCUGGAGAGUCAUGCCCCUAUCAUCACCCUACAGUUCAGUGCAAGAAGAUGCAGGUUGGGUCUUUUCCUACAUGCAAGUUUGGUGAUAAAUGCCUGUACGUUCACCCUAAUUGUUUGUUUGAUGGAGCUUGUACCCGCAUGGGCUGCCCAUACACCCAUGCCAGUUCUCGAAACUUGGCUCUUGCAUCAGCUGUGGUGACUCAGAAGCACAAGAUUGUUGCUCAAGCCCGACCAUCAAAAAUCAAGUGCAAAUUCUUCCCUAAGUGCACUAACAUGGCAUGCCCCUUCUUACACCCAAAGGCCUGCUACUAUGGAGCAUCAUGUGCACAACCAAACUGUCCCUUCACUCACCCGCCCAUACCCAGGGGAGCUAAACUUAAAUGGAUUGCUCCCAAGGCCACUACAGCACCAGUCUCAACCACUGAUGCAUCUCUGGAUAAAGUUAAGGAAAUAGAAAGACAAGAUCCAGUCAUAAUGCAGUAGUAUUAUACUGUAUAGGUUUAUUCAUAUGGGAAACAGUAGCUGUUAAUAUAAUAUUCACUUAUAUUACAUUGUAUAAAAGUACUUGAUGUGCAAUCUGCUACAAAUGAUAACUAUUGUGACCUUUUGAAUGAUAAUUUUUCUUACAGCCCUUCUCAAGUACAGUACAGACAUCCCUCAAUAUACGAUCAGGAUGCAUUCCUGAAAACCCGAUCAUUAAGUGAAUGAUCGUACAGUAUACAGUAAUCUCCACGUUAGCUGGAAUCCCCAGUCCCUGUAGCUCACCAAAGGCCAGAAUUGAAAUUGGCCCAGAAUUUGGUCCCCGUCAUUAUAUUGUGUCAAAAUACUGUACAGGUGCUCCCUUACUUACGACUGCUUGGACUUACGUCCAUCGGUACUUACGACCUGCUCUGACCUUACGACCGAGGCAGUCAUGACCAAAAAUAUUUUCAAAUGACGCGUGCAUUUUCUAUACCGAAGCAUUUCUGUCCUGGGCGAGAGUGUGGCGGGCGGGCUUGGGUCGCUGCGUGGGUGCACUCACUCAGUGGAGCGCUUAGUUGGUGUUUGGCUAUCGUAUCCUAUACUGAUCGCGCUGUGAACUUUCGUUAUUAUCGUAUUUAAUUGAC